AUGGACGUCAAAAGUCCACAGGAUAUCGAGAGCAAGCCUAAAGCUGACUCUGCGGUCGAUGGGCCAAGCCACGAAGAGCACCUCGUUCUUAUUCCUCAGCCUAGUACCCACCCCCGCGACCCCCUGAACUGGUCUCUGAGGCGGAAGUAUCUCAUCGCAGCUGUACUAUGUCUCGCGUCUUUCUCUGGCGCGGUUGCGCCUCUGUCGGGACAACUGAACCUUGCGGAUCAGGAGAAGCUGUAUGGCAAGAAUAAGAUACAAGAAGCAUAUGCGAAUUCCGCUGCCCUGGCGGGCAUGGCAGCGGGCCCGUUCUUCUUCGCACCUAUAUCUCACCUCCUUGGCCGGAGCUCCGUUAUCUUCUGGUGUAUACUAUGUACACUCAUCUGUCAGGUCUGGGGAGCCGUCAUGACCCACUCCAACGACUACAUCCCAUUUAUCAUGUCUCGCCUUUUCUCCGGAUUUUUCGGCGCAGUACCUACGGUUCUUGGCCCGCGCAUCGUCACCGAUCUAUUCUACCUACACCAGCGUGGUCGGGCAUUUACCUUUCUGCACAUGGCAUUCCUAUUUGGUACCAUUGCUGGUCCGACCUUCUCCGGUUUUAUCUCCGCCGACGUGUUUUUCCCGGUGGAGUUCUGGUGGACCGUCGGUUUACUUGGAUUCACACUCAUUUGCUGCUUUUGCUUCCUUGAAGAAACAGGAUUUGACCGCGAAAAUUUCGAUCGCAAUCCCGAUAUUCCGCAAAGUCUUGUUGCUAAUCGCUUCGCUACUUUCUUCUUUGGACAUCACGUUGUACUCCCAACGACAUGGAAAGAAACGGCUAAAAUUGCCGUCACUCCCUUUCUGAUUGGAAUUUGCCCGGUAACAAUCAUCAUGGGAGUAUUCACGCUUAUCUCCUUUGGCUUCUAUGUCGGUGUCAACGCUCUCACGCCCGUCUGGCUUCAAAAGCCCGUUUCAGCCGGUGGUUACGGUUUCUCAUUGAAACAAAACGCCGCUUUCACUUUUUGCCAUUGGAUUGGUAUCAUUGUCGUCCAAUUCUACGGACACUGGCUCAAUGACCGACUCCCUCUUGCGCUGGCCCGUCGCUACAACAAUGGAGUCUGGAAGCCCGAAUACAGACUUCAUGUCCUGUGGAUACCGAGUCUGAUUUUGAACCCAAUUGGUCUUGGAAUCUUUGGUGCAGCACUCCAGUAUCAUCUCCAUUACAUGGUCCUAGCUCUUGCAGUGUUUAUUGUAACUAUCGGCUCAUUGGCCAGUGUGCCUGUUACCGUUAACUAUGUCGUUGAGUCCUUUACGAAUUAUCCUGCUGAGGCGGGCAUUGUGAUUGGCGCCUAUCGCAUUGUCUAUGGGUUGACUAUCACUUUCUAUAUCAACCCGUGGGUUGCAGCUGUGGAUGUUGGAUGGGUAUAUGGAAUGAUGGCUUUCUUUGCUGUCUUUUCGUUCUUUUUUGUCAUGCUCCUCAUGUGGAAGGGACAUGCUAUUCGGAAGAUUCAAUUCUUCCAUCUUGCGUCUAGCGAAGAGGGCAAAAAAUUAAUGGGCUAG